GCUUGACCACUGGACAGCAACCACAUCUCGAAAUUUUGCGAUACAGAAGUUAGCUCAGACGGACAGCAGCCCAGCGACUCAUUCGACAAGUGGGACCGGGUCGGUCGAGGUCAAGUUGGGUGGGCGUAUGCUCUAGUGCUGGUCUAUGUCGGAGGCGCGAACAAGUUGGGUGUGGGACUACUUCUUGGAGCCCACACCUGAAGACCCAACUCAUGCGGUGUGUAAAGUGUGCGACAAGAGCUUGACCUACAAAAGUUCCCCGUCCGCGCUCAGCAAGCAUUUACGAAAUUUGCACGACAUUCAUCCAGCAGCGGAUCAAAAUGAGAGCAGGUGAGUCCAAAGUGAAGCAAUUGUUUAGUGUGUUCAGUGAUGUGUAGUACAAAGGGGGACCUGGCGCCGCCAGCACCCCGUCCCCCGGGACGGGGCAUCAGAUGCACGUGGCUUUCCAAGCCGGUAUUUGGUUUGGGUGUUACUGCACCUACCUAUCCCUAUCGCUGUUGCCCGCGCAGUACAAGUACUGCUUCGCGAGAGGGCACUAUGCCCUCCCCCUCCCCCACGCGGUGUUUUGAUUUGCGAAUGAAGUCAAUUGAAUACUUUUUGUUCAUGUUUUGCUUUACUGACCGGGCAUCUCGUUACAGGCAGGAGGUCCCCGAUGACCCAGGUGAGGGGACGAGCUCAGGUCCGAGUGACCGACGUCGCGGUGGUGCUGACGGCCUCCGAGCCAGUGGCAGUGGUGAUAGGAGCCGCAGCGGCAGCCCCGCGACCAAGCGAGCCCGGGCAAAUGUUCGCCCCAUGUCUCAUGAGCGCCAGGAGGUGGUGACGCAGGCCAUCGCUGGGCUGAUCGCAGCGUGCCAGCUGCCAAUCUCUAUAGUGGACUCGGAGGGCUUCACCAACUUCAUGAAGGUCCUCGAGCCCUCUUACAAGGUGCCAUGCGCGACGACGAUGCGGAAGCGGCUGCACGAGCUGUUCUGUCAGGUGCGCGAGAACGUCCAGGUGGCUCUCAACGAGCUCGACUUCAUCUCCCUCACCACCGACUGCUGGACAUCGCGCGCCCUGGAUUCGUACAUCUCGCUCACGGCGCAGGCCAUCACCAAGACGUGGGAGCUGCGCCGCUACACGCUUUGCACGGAGGGGAUGGACGUCAACCACUCGGGGGACAACCUCGCCCUGGCUCUCAUCGACAUGUGCCACGAGUGGGACCUGGAGGGACGAGCGACCAGCAUCACGAGGGACAACGCCACCAACAUCGUCAACGCCGUCAACCAGGUCGACUUCGUUGAAUUCAACGUGUCCUGCGCUGCCCACCUCCUCCAGCUCUGCGUCAAUGACGGCCUGAAGAAGAACAAGCCGUUCAUGGACGCCUGCAAGAAGGCCAAGAAGGUGGUGGCCCACUUCCACCACUCCACCAAGGCCACCACGGCGCUCGAGGCGGCGCAGGUCACGGCAGGCCUGAAGGAGGCGAAGCUCGUCCAGUCGUGCUCGACAAGGUGGGACUCGACGUACCUCAUGUGCAAGAGCCUCACCGAGUCGCGCGCCCCCGUCUGCGCCGUGCUAUCCGACCGGAACGUCACCACCGCCAAGCAGUCCCGGACGCUGCAGAUGUCGGCAGAGGAGUGGGCCGAGCUGGAGGCCAUGCUGCCCGCCCUGAAGCCGCUGCAGGUCGCCACCACUGUGCUCUGCGCGGACGACAAAGUGACCGUGUCCACAGUGCGUCCAGUCGUCAGGUCACUCCUCGACGUGCACUUCAAGCUCGACGACGAGGGACUCCUGGAGCUGGACCCCUGCGAGGAGCACGUGCGCGACUUCAAGGUGGAGGUCAGCCGCUCGCUCACGGAGCGCUUCAACAUGGAUGCUUCGGCGGUGCGGCCGGUCGAGGUCCAACAGCUCGCUGCCUUCCUGGACCCACGGUACAAGGACCUGCGGGCCGAGCCGUCACCUGCAGAGGCCGAGAAGAUCCGCGAUCUCGCCAAGCAGAAGAUGGCCGGCGAGGCCGCAGUGGCCGUGGACCAAGACGCCGAAGGGGAGGCACCGGCCGCGGGCAGUGGCCUAGACUUCUUGUUCUGCGGGGAGGCGGAGGCUGCCGGCGCGCGCACCUGGCAGGCAGAGUACGCCGAGUACGUGGCGGAGCCCCAGAUCAGCCACAACCAGUGCCCGCUGACCUGGUGGAAGACCCGCCAGAAGCGGUACCCCACCCUUGCGCGGUUGGCUCGCCGCUACCUCGCCGUCCCUGCUACAUCUGCCAGUAGUGAAAGGGACUUCUCCACGGCGGGGAACACAGUGCGACCAAACCGCUCCUGCCUGCUGCCGGAGAACGUGUCGAUUCUAGUCUUCCUAUUUCAAAAUAGAAAUUUUGUACUAAAGUUAUUAGGAAUGACUUAAAUGUAUUGAGUUGAAUGUAUAUUUUUUUUCGGUCAGAUACUAGGUAAAUGUUUUAUAGCAUUAUGUACCUGCUUAUUGUAUGUAUGUAAAUACUGUUUAUUUUUUUCCAUUUGAUUUGUGAAUUUUCGUCAUUUUCUUAUAUUGGCUUAUUUACAUUUACCUAAUAAACCCUG